AUGAUGAUCAAGUCUGCCGCUCUUCUUGUUACCCUUUUCCCGACCCUCGCUUGGUCUUGCGCCACUUACCACUUCUGCCUUUGUCAAAAUGGCGACAAUAGUUUCAACGACGCAGUUAUAAAGAAGGCUUGUGGCAACUUCGGAGGAAGCUAUAUGAAGUUUGAUGAUGGUCGCUAUUACUGUGUAGCCGGGUCAGCUAACGCUGGUAUUGGUGGCGUGCAGCCACUGUUGCUGAGCAACUGCCGCUUUAGAAAGGCGUGCAACAACUACGGUGCUGCUGGAGACUCCAACUGUUGGGCGAAGGAUUAG